UGAAGUUUAGGGAAGAGCCCUCUUUAGCUGCUGACGCGGAUGGGACUGUUUGUGCAACGACGCAGAGGACCACCGAAAUCCAACCAUGUUAUCUGGGAUUAUAAGUGUUUGGACCAUUUUUGCGGUAGCACAAUGUUACUUUUCAGAGGAAAAUUAUACUGAAGAGUCAAAGAUGCAGCCGCCCACAGUCAUUAUAGCAAUAAUAGCACGGAACGCCGCUCAUUCUUUACCCUACUACCUCGGAGCUCUCGAGAGAUUAAACUAUCCCAAAGAGCGCAUCUCUAUCUGGGCGGCGACAGACCACAACAUUGACAACACAACAGCAAUCCUGCGAGAAUGGCUCACAGUCAUGCAAACACAGUAUCAUUAUGUGGAGUGGAGACCUUUAGAAAAACCCACAUCCUAUGUAGGUGAGCUGGGGCCCAAGCACUGGACUAAUGGCCGCUAUGAGUAUGUUAUGAAGCUCAAACAGGCAGCGCUGAACUUUUCCAAGAAACGCUGGGCUGACUACAUUCUGUAUUCAGACACAGACAACAUCCUGACUAACCCGAACGCACUGCACCUCUUGAUGGCGGAGAAUAAGUCAGUCAUUGCCCCCAUGCUGGACUCACAGUCAGCGUACUCCAACUACUGGUGUGGCAUCACUCCACAGGGUUAUUAUCGUCGUACUGCUGAGUACUUCCCCACAAAGCAGAGGCAAAGGCGGGGCUGCUAUCCUGUGCCGAUGGUCCACUCCACUAUUCUGCUGGACCUGCGCAAAGAGGGCACCAAGAAAGUGUCCUUUCACCCCCCUCACAAAGACUACUCCUGGCCCUUUGACGACAUCAUCGUUUUUGCCUUCUCCUGCAGGAUAUCGGAGGUUCAAAUGUAUUUGUGCAACAAGGAGCGUUAUGGGUAUCUGAACGUACCUGCAAAGCCUCAUCAGACCGUGGAGGAUGAUCGAAUCAAUUUUGUCCACCUUUACCUGGAAUCUCUGAUCCACGGGCCGCCAAUGUAUGUGUCUCGCAAUGUCCACGUUCCUCCCAAACAGUCUGAUCUCAUGGGCUUUGAUGAGAUCUACUUGAUAAACCUGCGCAGACGUCCAGACCGCAGGGACAGGAUGUUAUGGUCGCUGUAUGAGCUAGAGAUUGAUGCUAAAGUUGUGGCUGCUGUUGAUGGAGCAGCUCUGAACAGCAGCGAUAUUAAGAUUCUAGGUGUCGAUCUCUUACCUGGUUACUACGACCCUUUCUCCGGCCGCACGCUGACCAAGGGAGAGGUGGGCUGCUUCCUCAGCCACUACUACAUCUGGAAAGAGCCCUGCCAUUACGCCGGGGACCCAGAGUGGGUGAGUGACACAGAGACGUCUACGCUGUGGGAUGACGACAAUGUGCGCACGGACUGGAGGGGCUCGCAUAAAACUCUCAAGGGUUCUCAGCCACCGGCCGGCCUGCAGAGCGCCACCCACAAGGACGAGUUGUGA